AUGGCCAAUGAAGAUUUGCCAGUCUACUCGGCUCGCGACCUUUCCCCACGUUAUGAAGCAUUCUCUGAAGAAGAUGAUGAGAAUGGCGAUCCAAUCUUCUUAUACUCGUCUUUUGGCUACAUCACCGAUGACGAUGUAGCUUACUUUGGCCAGUCAAAACUUCGAAAGCGCGAAUUAGACCAGAAAAGCAUCAGAGAGAGUUUGCAGCACCUCCCAGAUGAGGAUGUGUACCCCAAGGCUCCCUCAAGCAUCACUGCAUUUUCAACUCCGAUCGACGAGAAGUUCUUUAUCAAAAGGCCAAAACUACACCUAGACUUUAUAGGUACCCGUCUGCUACCGAAACUCAUGUUACAUGAGGCUGAGACGAUGGAGUUGCUUCUGCGUAACCCACAUCCGCAUAUCGUCAAGUAUCAUGGCUGCUUGGUCAAUCGUGGUUGUAUCGUCGGCCUUGUUUUAGAUCGCCACCCGAUCACGCUUCAGCAUCGAUUAGAGGAGGAUGCAGAAAACUUUGGGGUUGAAAACUGCAUGCACAAGUUGAGGUCUGCAGUUUCCCACCUUCAUUCACUUGGACGAGCGCACAAUGAUCUUACGCCAAUGAACAUUAUGCUUGACGAUGACGAUAACCCCGUUAUCAUUGACUUUGGUUCAUGCCAACCAUUUGGAACAUCACUUAUUACAGCAGGGACGCCGGGGUGGAUUGACGAAGACUUCACAGUUUCCGCUCAUGAGCAUGAUCUAAUUGCACUGGAAAAGAUACAAGUAUGGCUUCAAAAGCUAACGAGAGCUACAAGAAAUCCAGAGACGGAACAGGGGACCUGCGAGUCUAGUUUGCCCAUUUCCACAUGA